UCUCUCUGUCGUUCUGCUGCUCUCCCGCCCCUGUCUCUCAGCAUCCACUGCGCUGCUGAGGAGCGGUCUCGCUCUUGCUGGAUGCUAGAGCUGCUGAAUUUGGGAGAUACCGGCGGCCCUCAGAAGGGAGACAGCACCAAGGAGAGAGCAGCCGGGAGGCGUCAACACGCCGACUGCGGUGCUGCAGGAGGAUCCAGCUCAUUGUGAACCUGCGGUGGCGAACACGGGCCCUGGAGGCGCCGUCUCCCCCCACAAUGGCUUGCAGGGGAGGGGGCUGCAGAGCCGCUGUCCGGCCGCAGUGAGGCGGCGCCCGCAGCCAUCGAGCCUGGAGCCUGUAGAUACCCCGCCCUGGUGGUGGGGGUGGGAGGGCUGACUCAGCACGUGACCGCAGACCCCCUUUCCCGGACCCUGCACCUGGUAGGAGGAGGAGCGCUCGGAAUCAACGGCUCGGAGCGCAGUGUGGAACUGUGCAAGAAAGGAGUCCUGUUCCCGCAGGGAUUUACAGCCUGAGUCCCCGGACUGGCGCCGCCUGCUGCCCGCCCGUUGCCACCUUGUCCUUGGAGUCGCGUCGCUCUUCUGAGCAAAACUGCAUGAGCAACACCUCCUUGCUCUCCACCCAUCUGCUGUGUCUCUGUGUAGCUGUGUGUGUGUGUGUGUGUGUGUGUGUGUGUGCGUGUGCGCGUGCGUGUGCGCGUGCGCGUGCGUGUCUCUUCAUGGAUGUGUGCGUGUCUGAGCUGCUGGUUCUCAGUAUUCCUUGGUAUGUGUGUCUAUCAGCCUGUGUUUUUGUGUCCAUGCAUCUGCGCAUCUCUAAGUGUGUGUGUUUGCACACCCUUAAAAAUGUCUGCAUGAGUGUGUGUGUCUCUGAAAAGCUGCAUUCGAGUGUGACUCUGUUUGCCUGCACAUCUCCCUAAGGCUGUGUGUGUGUGUUUCUUUGAGAUGCCCACUGGUGCCCACCGCCCACCUGCCUUGCGCUCUUCAUGCCCGCCUGGCUCCUGGCCCCGGGUUUAACCCUUACCGAGGCAGGAUGAGUGACAGCUCCGGACCACCCAUGCCAGGGGCUUUGAUUCUGGAGGAACGGGAUGUGGGCGGGGCUGGAGGCGGGGCUGGGCGGGAGCAGGCCUCGCCCCCAGAGGCGGGGUCGCCACGCUGUGGGGGCUGUGCCAUGUGGACUCGGCAACAGACGUGGCUGUGCGUGGUGCCGCUUCUUAUUGGCCUCGUGGGGUUGGGCCUCAGCCUCAUGCUGCUGCAGUGGAUCCUCGUAGGCUCCGUGCCGGACUAUGUGCCCACUGACCUGGUGGACGCCAAGGGCAUCGGCCAGGACCCCAUCUUUCUCUCCAAACCCAGCGCCUUCCCCAAGGGGCCGGCCUCCACUGCCGCCACUGUGCUUGCCACAGCACCUGACGCUGGCUCCACUGCAGCUGUCACCACAGCAGCGGGUAGAACUCGAGCUGGGACGCGGUCUGGCCCGACAACAAGUAGCCAGGUGCCACACCUUCACAACCGCAUUAGUACCCGAAUCACGGCUGGCAGCACUACCACCCGUGCCCCCAGGGUGGUCACCCCCCGCAGCACAGUGCGACGGCUGGGGGGUGCUGCCCGCGGCGGAUUACCACCCUCCACCAACAGGGCAGCACCAUCCUCCGCACCCUCUCCCUCCGGCCACCCAGUCCUGCACGACUCCACACAGACGCAGAGCCAUGAGCACGUGCCAAAGGGCCCACCAGGGACGCCGGGUCGCCUGCACCCCCAUGCUAAGACAUUGACGCCAACGUCACCGCCUCUGCGCUCCGAGCACUUCAAGCCGUGCAGAGACAAGGACCUGGCCUACUGCCUCAACGAGGGCGAGUGCUUCAUCGUGGAGACGCUCACGGGAUCCCACAAGCACUGCAGGUGUAAGGAGGGCUACCAGGGUGUUCGCUGUGACCAGUUCCUGCCCAAGACGGACUCCAUUCUCUCGGACCCAAAAGAUAACCUGGGUAUCGAGUUCAUGGAGAGUAAAGAAACAUACAAGCGGCAAGUGCUGUCAAUCUCCUGCAUCGCUGUCGGAAUCAGCCUUCUGGGCACGUUCUGCAUGGCUCUCUACUGCCGGAACAAGAGACGUGGCGAGAAGUUCCAGGUCCAUCUAAAGGAGUGCCGCAGCCUGAAGAGCUACAGUGCCUCGGGCCUCGUGACCAAAUCGAGCCUGAGGUCUCCGUGCGGCCUGCAGGUGCAAAGCUGCGGCAAAGGCAACGGGUCUUCCCCUCCACAAGGGGGCAGCGUUCGCAAACCAGGCAUGUCACCUAGCGGCAGCUUCCCUCCCCUGCAUCCCAAAACCCCGUCCCCUGGGAAGUACCACAGUCCCACCCAGAGAACCAGGAGCACCCUCGGGCGAACGUCCCCUCGCAGGACCCCGCCGGGUCGCAAGGGGAGGCUGAACCCCAUCGUUGGCUGCAGAGACUCUGGUCCCACCUACAAACAUCUGCAGGAGGUGCAGUCGGAGAGGGAGGCGGAGCCUUUAGGCGGAUGUUCUUCUCUGAUGGAAGCCAGAGACCAUAUGGAGGACAUCUCAUUAAAUAUGCAAGUUCCUGCCUCCGCUACGGUGGUGGGCAGUGACCCGGAAGGCGCUGCCUCCUUGCCAUUAUUCCGCAACUACUCCAUUCCCAUAAUUCCCUCUGUCCAGGGACACAGUGAGACUUGUGAGCCCGCAGCCGGCCUGGAUGGAGGCAACUGUUGUUCAGUGCCAUACAGGUCACAGGGAGCCAGAGCCUAA